GAGCGGGACGGCCGCCGCCGCCGCCGGGAACGCCGGGCAGCGCGCGGGGACCAUGCCGAGGCCCUGAGCGCGCGCGGAGGGGGCGCCCGGGAUGGAGCUGAGCUUGGAGAGCCUCGGGGGGCUGCACGGGGUGGCCCACGCGCCGGCCGGGGAGCUGCUGAGCCCCGGCCACGCGCGCCCCGCCACGGCCCAGCACCGGAGCCUGGUGGCCCCGGGGCGCGCCGGCCUGGUGGCGGGCAUGGCCAGCCUGCUGGACGGCGGCGGCGCCGGGGCCGGGGGCGCGGGGGCCGCGGGGGCCGCGGGCGGCGGCCCCGACUUCCGCGGGGAGCUGGCGGGCCCCCUGCACCCCGCCAUGGGCAUGGCGUGCGAGGCCCCGGGCCUGGGCGGCACCUACACCACGCUCACGCCCCUGCAGCACCUGCCGCCGCUGGCCGCCGUGGCCGACAAGUUCCACCAGCACGCGGUGGCCGGGGCGCACGGGGGCCACCCGCACGCGGCCGCCGCGCCGCCGCCCCCCCCCCCGCAGCGCCUGGCGGCCGGCGUGAGCGGCAGCUUCACCCUCAUGCGCGACGAGCGCGCGGCGCUGGCCUCCGUGGGCCACCUCUACGCGCCCUAUGGCAAGGAGCUGCCGGCCAUGGGCUCGCCGCUGUCGCCGCUGCCCAGCGCGCUGCCCCCGGCCCUGCACGGCGCCCCGCAGCCGCCCCCGCCGCCGCCGCCGCCGCCGCCGCUCGCCGCCUACGGGGCCCCGGGGCCCCUGGCCGGGGACAAGCUCCUGCCCCCCGCCGCCUUCGAGCCUCACGCCGCGCUGCUGGGGCGCGCGGACGACGCGCUGGCCCGAGGGCUGCCCGGAGGCGGCGGCGGCGGCGGGGGCGGCGGCGGGGCGGCCGGCGGGGCGGCCGCGGGCCUGCUGGCCCCGCUGGGCGGCCUGGCCGGGGCGCACGGGCCUCACGCGGGCGGCGGCGGCGGCGGCCCCGGGGCGGGCGGCGGCGGCGGCGGAGGCCCGGGGGCCGGCGCGGCGGCCGAGGAGAUCAACACCAAGGAGGUGGCGCAGCGCAUCACGGCCGAGCUGAAGCGCUACAGCAUCCCGCAGGCCAUCUUCGCGCAGCGCAUCCUGUGCCGCUCGCAGGGCACGCUCUCCGACCUGCUCCGCAACCCCAAGCCCUGGAGCAAGCUCAAGUCCGGCCGCGAGACCUUCCGCAGGAUGUGGAAGUGGCUGCAGGAGCCCGAGUUCCAGCGCAUGUCCGCGCUGCGCCUGGCAGCCUGCAAGCGCAAGGAGCAGGAUCAGCAGAAAGAGAGGGCCCUGCAGCCCAAGAAGCAGCGGCUGGUGUUCACAGACCUGCAGCGCCGCACGCUCAUCGCCAUCUUCAAGGAGAACAAGAGGCCCUCCAAAGAGAUGCAGGCCACCAUCUCGCAGCAGCUGGGCCUGGAGCUGAACACCGUCAGCAACUUCUUCAUGAAUGCCCGUCGCCGCUGCAUGAACCGCUGGGCGGAGGAGCCGGGCGCAGCCCCGGGCGCCGCCACCACCACCGCCACGUUCUCCAAGGCCUGAGCCUUCUGCUGUGACACCCGCCCCAGCCCCAGGGGACCGCACACUCCAGCCCUGGGGACUUAGGGGCCGGGGGCGGGGGGACCAUCCCCUACCCAGCCAAAGCAAACCCCACCCCCGCCCCCAGGGGACAGGGACCUAUGCCAGCCCCCCUCAGUUUUCGACUCCAAGGGGACCUCGAGGGAAGUGGGUCAUGAAUCAAGCACACCUUAGACACAAAACCCGGGUACUUAAAAAAAAAUGUUUUUUUAAAUAGAGAACCCUUUUCCCAGAUCCCAGACCUCAAAAGGAGAGAGGCGGACGCCUGCCUGACUUACCCAUACUUUCUCUUCCAGGCCAGGUCUCUGUCCCCUCAUCCCCUCCCCAAGAACUGAGACCCAUCCCCAAGUGGCCAAAACCAACGACAAGCCGGAUCCUUACAGCACCCCCAAUCCUCCAUGCCAACCCUUCUGCAGGAUGGCCCCCCACAGCCGAGACCCCAGCCGCCACCCGACCCCAGCGGCCGGCCGGCCUGGAUUAGCCUGUGCCAACAAUCCCCUGCCUUAACGCCGGGGAGGGAACCUGUGGGGAGCCCCUGUCUCCAAGGAGAUGGUAACCCACGUGGAGAUGAGGGCUGCCCACAGCCGCCUCCAUCCCAGCGCCCCUGAGUAACUUAAUUAUAAGCACCUUGAAGAAUGCCACACAGGGAACAAGGCCACCAGAGAGCAAAAGGUGACACCCCAGAUCCCAGGGGAGGGACAUCGGAUUCUCCCAGAUCCAGGGGCCCUUGGAUGCAGAGCUCUGGAAGUCUGUGGAAUUCCAGUUGACUGGGGCUACGUCCCCGAGACCCCCCCACAGAGGACGUUCAGGGGAAGCCUUGCAUUGGUGACCUCUCUCGGAAGAGAGAAGAUGAAAUUGGAAACUGCUUGUUCCAUUGUUUUGCCAAAAAAAUGUACAAUGGGGAAGGGUCAGAGGCCAGGGGUGCCCCACUGCUCAGCUCGCCCCUCCCCUCCGUGUGACAUUUCAAGACCGGCCUGGCAGCCGGAUCCCUGGAGGCUGCCUCACCCCUCCCCUCCUGGGGUUCAAGAUCCUGGCAAUCCUUCUCUUCUGAACCCUACCCCAUGGCUGCCUCCCAGGGAGGGGCCCCCCAGCUUCCCUAGAGAAUGCAAGAGAACUUUCUAGUGAGAAAAAGAAAAAGGAAACCUCCCCCAUCCCGUAAAGGCUACCUCACUGAGCCCAUGCUGUGAUUCGAAAGAUCACGUCUGAUACCAAAGAUUUCCCCCACCCCCAAGGGUUUGUGCUGGAAGCCAGGGUGUCCCCACCCUCAUCCCAUGGCUGUUCCCUACCCCAGAGAGAGAGAGAGAGAGAGAGAGAGAGAGAGAGAGAGAGAGAGAGGACAGGAGGACAGCGAGGUCGGCGAGUGCCUUUUUAUUGAACCAAAGAUGUGUGCGUUUAGUGUCCUCUGUCCUCAGUGACGCGCCGCUCUCCCGCAGGAGCCGCUCAGCUCGGAUGGAUUUCUAGAGCCCUUGGGUGUGAGGCAGAGUGAAGAGUCCCCCUUUCCCACUGAUCGAGUGAAAAGUCCCCCACCACACACAGCGAGACAUACACACACACAGUGACACACACACAUACACACAGUGACACACACACACAGCGACACACACACACAGCGACACACACAUACACACACACACACACACACACACACACACGGCUGGAGAGAUGGCUCAGUCAGGGGUUCAGAGCACAGGCUGCUCUCACAGGGCCCAGUCUUCUGGGGAGUCCCACCCAGGGGGAGCCUCACAACCAUCCACACCUGCAGCUCCAGAGGACCCAGUGUCCUCACAUCCAUCCACACACCCAUACACGAUUAAAAAGAAAAUCUGGGGGACUUUGGUUUACUUGGUUUAUUUUUGUAUGUUUUUCAGGACAGGGUCUCUCUGUGUAGCCUUGGCUGUCCUGGAACUCUCUCUGUAGACCAGGCUGGCCUGGAACUCAGAGAUCUGCCCGCCUCUCCCUCAUGAGUGCUGGGACUAAAAGCAUGAGCCACCACGACCCGGCCGAAAAUAAGAUAAAUCUUUAAAAAAACACUAGCUUGGGGACUGGAGAGACAGUUUAGCUGUUACGAGCACAGCUGCUCUCACAGAGGACGCAGGUUCAAUUCCCAGCACCCACAUGGCAGCUCACAACUGUGUAACUCCAGUUCCAGACGGUCUGACACUGUCACACAGACACACAGGCAGGCAAAAACACCAAUGCACGUGAAAUUAAAACAAAUUUAAAAAUUAAAUGAACAGCAAAAAUAUUUAUUUGGAAACACAUACACACUAGCUCUCAUUGUGAAAACUAAGCCUCCUUCCUCUCACCCAGGCGGCACGGAGCCCUCCCUCACCCUCCUAAAAAAAUUCUUAUUCAUGGCUCCAGAGCCAUCACGUCCUGUGAAGCAGCAGACCUGAGACCCCAAAAUGAGCGGGGAAGGAAGGAAGCGUGGUGCCCGGGACACCCCUUUAAUCCCAGCACUCAGGAGGCGGAUGAUGGAUGGCUGUGGGUUUACACAGUGAGGCCCUGCCUCAGUGACCAGUUAGAACACAUCACAUAUACAAAUACACAUGUACAUGUGUGAGACGAGGCCUUCCUCUGUAGCCAAGGCUAGCCUCUAGCUCCAGAUCCUCCUGCCUCGCCCCCACCCCCGGGGGACUGGGAUUAUUAAUCAAACUGUUUCAGUUUCCUCUGACUUUUUCUUUUCUCCUUUCAUUUCUUUUUGUUUCUGAUGGCGAUGGGAUGGAACCCCAAAUCUAGCACAUGCUAGGCAAGUGUUCAUCCCUGACCACGCCCCCAGCCCCUCACUGGCAGUGGGGGGGACGCUCCACUUCUGAGCCACCAAUGGGAUCUUUUCAAAUUCCAUCAUAUACUCAUACACACUCAUACACGUACACAUUCAAACACUCACACACACACACUCACACUAGAUCAGGGCCCUCUCAAGGCCUGAUGGACAUCUCCAUCCUGCCCUUCUGUCGUCCCCCCCCCCCCCACUUCUGGUCCUUACCUACCAAAGAUCUUUCCUACACAGGGAACCCACAGCCCAGCACAAUUCCUCCUAGCCUUUGACAAUUCUCUCUGAAAUACCUCAAGAUAUUUAAUGUAUAGUUUAUGUGCUAAAAACAAACAAAAAAAAAACAAAAAAACUUAGCUAGUUUUGGGAUUAUUGUGACUCGAAGCUUUAUACCGUUAAAUUAUAAUUUUGCAAAUAAUGGCAUGUUUAUCUCUGACCGGUUCCGUGGGAGACACAUCGAAUGUCAGGGCAGCGAAGCCAACGGUCCCUGGAGGGUGAGAUGGGGGACCCGUGGCCUUCACAGAUUUCCUAUGUACAAAGAGUCUCUUAGGAAAGAGAGAAAGGCAUGCGACAGCUGUACCUCUCCCUGGCUUGUUCUGUUUCCUCGUUUUAUGGAGUCGUGUCUUCUAAGAGUAUUUAUGAUUCUAUGUGUUCCGUGUUCAAAUGUAAUUUAAGAAAAAAAAAAAAAAAGAAA